AUGGAUCGAAAAUGGAUGCAUGCUAAGCGAUGUAGUGAUGAUUAUGAGCUAGGAGUAGAGGAUUUUAUUUCAUUUGCAGUUGAACAUUCGGAGGAUGAGAAUAAUAUUUUGUGUCCAUGUGUUGAAUGCAAUAACAUGGUUCGACUUGGUGUUGAAGUUAUAAGAGAUCAUCUUAUUACUAAGGGUAUUAAUCAACUAUAUAAGUGUUGGUUAAGCCACGGUGAAGUUUUAGGGGAUGCUUCUUCUAACGUAGAUACUGGUAUGGGAUUUGAUACUUGGAUGGAAGACGAGACACACGAAGAACUUACGUUUGAUGAUGACGGGGUAGAAGAAAUGAUUAAUGCCUUACAAGAAAGCAUUCAAGAUUGUCCAGAGAUGUUGGGUAACUUGUCUAGUGAUGCAAAGAAACCAUUGUAUUCUGGAUGUUCUAAAUUUAGUAGAUUAUCUGGUGUGCUAAAACUGCUUAGCAUUAAGGCGAGUAAUGGCGUGACCGAUAAAUGCUUUACUGAGUUCAUGGAAGCAUUCCAUGAGAUUCUUCCCGAGGGAAACUUGCUUCCUUCUCGCACUUAUGAUGCUAAAAAGAUGCUAACCUCAAUUGGCUUGAGUUACGAGAGAAUUCACGCUUGUCCAAAUGAUUGCAUCUUGUAUCGAAAAGAAUAUGCCUCAUUAGAGAGUUGCUCCGAGUGUAGUGUUUCUAGAUAUAAGAUAAAUAAGGUGCCUGCCAAAGUCAUGUGGUACUUUCCAAUAAUACCAAGAUUCAGACGUCUUUUCAGUGUUCCAGUAGAGGCAAAGAAUUUGACAUGGCAUGCGGAUUCAGAUGGAAGGGAGAAAGAUGGUAUGUUGAGACACCCUGCCGAUUCUCCACAAUGGGUCAAGAUUGACAAAGACUUCCCUGAUUUCGGAGCUGAACCUAGAAAUUUGCGACUUGCCCUUGCAACUGAUGGCAUGAACCCUCAUGAUAAUCAACGUAGCACUCAUAGCAUAUGGCCGGUAAUUUUAAUGAUAUAUAAUCUUCCUCCGGCUUUGUGUAUGAAGCGGAAGUAUAUGAUGUUAUCUACAUUGAUUUCGGGCCCAAAGCAACCAGGCCAUGAUAUUGAUGUUUAUUUAGCACCAUUAGUUGAAGAUUUAAAGUUGUUGUGGGAGUCAGGUGUAGAGGUGUUUGAUGCUCACCGUAAAGAAAAUUUCAAUUUAAAAGCCAUGCUAUUUGGCACUAUUAAUGACUUUCCGGCAUAUGGUAAUCUCUCAGGAUAUAGUGUCAAAGGUUAUAACGCUUGCCCUAUAUGUGAUGAGAACACAUCCUCGAUUAUAAUACCUAACUCUAACAAGAUUGUGUACAUGGCAAAUCGAAAGGGGCUUCCUGUGAAGCAUCGUUACCGAAAGUGGAAAAAGGUUUUUAAUGGUAAGUGCGAAGAAGGUAAAUUUCCUAUUCCUUUGUCUGGGGAUCAGAUAUUUAAGAAAGUGCAAGGGUUGAAUGUGAAACAUGGAAAACUAAAUGCCAACCAACUCCCUAGUAAGGGCUAUAAGAAAGAGUCAGUUUUUUUUGGUCUUCCAUACUGGAAGAACUUGUAUGUUAGGCACUUUCUUGAUGUGAUGCAUAUUGAGAAGAAUAUUUGUGAAAGUUUGGUUGGUACACUCCUUAAUAUGCCCGACAAGAGUAAAGACGGGGAAAAUGCGAGAAAUGAUUUAGCGCACUUGAAAAUUAGAAAAGAAUUGCAUCCUGUAAAGAAGAAAGGAAGUCGUACCUAUCUCCCACCGGCAUGCUACACUCUUAGUAGGAAAGAAAAAAAGGUGCUUUGUGAGUCUUUACAUGGAAUUAAGGUUCCAGAGGGAUAUUCUUCUAACAUUAAAAAUCUUGUCUCAAUGAAAGACCUAAAGUUGAUAGGUAUGAAAUCUCAUGACUAUCACAUUCUCAUGGAGCAUCUAUUACCAGUGGCUAUUCGCUCCAUUUUACCAGAUCAUGUUCGAGAUGCAAUCACCAAACUUUGUAUUUUCUUCAGUGAGAUAUGUAGCAAGGAGAUUGACCCGUCGAAGUUGACUAGCUUGCAAAGUGGCAUUAUUAUUACUUUAUGCCAAUUGGAGAUGUAUUUUCCGCCUUCCUUUUUCGACAUAAUGGUCCAUUUAACUGUCCACUUGGUUAGAGAAAUCCAACUGUGUGGGCCUGCUUAUUUAAGAUACAUGUACCCUGUCGAGAGAUACAUGAAGAUUUUGAAGGAUUAUGUUAUGAAUGGAAGUCGACCAGAAGGUUGCAUUGCUGAGCGCUACGUGCUAGAAGAAGCCAUUGAACAUUGUAGUCAAUUUCUUUCUUCGCUUGAAGCUGUAGGGAUUCCAAAGCCUAGAUAUUCGGGAGGGAUAGAAGGGAAGGGGAUUAUGGGAUGCAAAGUGUUAACUAUAUCCCAUGACAUGUUGAACCAGGCACACUUGUAUGUUUUACACAAUAGUACCGAGGUUGAUUCGUAUGUGGAGAGACACAUGGAUAUUUUGAGGGCCCAGUAUCGAGGUAAGAAUGAGAAAUGGAUCACCGAUAAGCAUAAUUCCACCUUCAUUGAAUGGUUACAAGUUCAAGUUGUAAAGGAACUAGAUAAGUCACCAUCUAGCAUUUCUGAUAGAUUGAAGUGGUUGUCUCGAGGUCCUCGUAGGGAUGUAUUAUCAUAUUCUGGCUAUCAAAUUAAUGGUUAUACAUUUUGCACAAAGGAUAGAGACAAAGAGAUAACAAAUCAAAAUAGUGGUGUGACUAUUGUGGCAGAAGCUAUAUGGGUUGAUAACAAUAGUGGUGUUAGACUUGAGAAAAGACAUGGGUUCACACUUAUUGACCUUAACAGAACGGGUAGUAAAGAUGAUCUGUUCAUAUUGGCAAGUCAAGCAAAACAAGUCUUUUAUGCAACUGAUCCAGCUAACAAUAGAUGGUCUUUUGUUUUAUCAACAAAUAAACGCCAUCCCUUUCAGAUUCAUGAAAUAGAUGAUAUGGAGGAUGCUUCUUUCAUGUGUCCAUCAGGCCCUCCCAACGAUCUAGCCGAUGAUCAAGCCCCCGAAGAUGAGUUAUAUGUGCGCAAUGAUCACACAGAGGGGAUGUGGAUAGAUGAUGAUGAUUCUGAACCUUCUAAUACAAGUAAACAGAAGAAAAGAAAACAUUGA